ACAAUAAUCAUUCUCAUUUUUGUGCCAAAAUCUUUUGGUAGCAAAGUGAAAAGGAACAAAUGUGUGAUGUGGAUAUUAUGCACAUAUGUGGUGUGGGAGCGGGAAACCCCAAAACAUUAGGACGUAAAGAAGAGAGAAAUGGCGGGAAGAUUUCCAUUUUGUUAAGUAUGCACCAGAUUCAAGAGUAAACUUACUCAUUCUCCACUUCUAGACGUUUCUCACCCCUUAAGUUUCCAUAAAAAUGGCGAAAAAGAAAAAGACUAGGGUUUCUGUCGAAUCUACCUUUGAAGAAGGUGAAGACAAACACCAUCGAGAAGACGCUGAGAUGGAUGAAGGUGGUAUCUCUAACUCGGAGAAAAGCCUAUAUGAGGUUCUCGGUGUGGAAAGAACUGCAACUCAACAGGAAAUUCGAAAAGCAUAUCAUAAAUUGGCGUUGCGACUCCAUCCUGAUAAGAACCCUGAUGAUGAGGAUGCAAAGGAGAAAUUUCAACAGCUGCAGAAGGUGAUAUCUAUUCUUGGUGAUGAGGAGAAAAGAGCCCUUUAUGAUCAGACUGGUGUGGUUGAUGAUGAUGAUCUUGCUGUGGAUGUGGUUCAAAAUCUGCAGAAUUUUUUCAGAGCAAUGUACAAAAAGGUCACUGUGGCUGAUAUUGAAGAGUUUGAAGCAAACUAUAGGGGAUCUGAUUCUGAGAAAAAAGACUUAAUCAACCUCUACAAGGAGUGCAAGGGUAAUAUGAGAAGGCUCUUUUGUUCAAUGCUAUGUUCGGAUGCUAAGCUGGAUUCUCAUCGAUUUAAGGAUAUAAUUGACGAGGCCAUAGCAUCAGGAGAGUUGAAGGAAUUUAAAUCCUACAAGAAAUGGGCUAAAGAGGUAUCUGAAAUGAAACCACCUACAAGCCCUUUGAAGCGGAGAAAGUCAGGAAAGAAGUCAGAUUCUGAUCUUUAUGCAAUCAUAAGUCAGCGGCGAAAUGAGAGGAAAGAUCGUUUUGAUUCAAUGUUCAACUCAAUGGUGGAAAAAUAUGGAGGGCAAUGUUCUUCAGAACCCACUGAAGAAGAGUUUGAAGCUGCACAGAAAAAGCUGGAGAGCAAAUUGUCCUCGAAGAAAUCUAGGAAAAAGUAGCUUGGCCAUCUCUGAAUGCAAAAAUUAUUCCGAGGCUGUAAAAACAGAUGGUCUUCCUAAUCAAACAUUUUUGUAAUUGAAUGUUCUGGGUGCCAAAGCUCAGUCAGGAGCUUACGGCCAAUGUCUAAAUUCCUCCCUCUGUCUCAUGUCUACUUGAGGACAUGAACAUGAUAUUCUGUUGCUGUUUGUAAUAUAGAAGUAUUACUUUCAUCUGC